CCUGUGGAAAAUCAAUAACUCUGCCCUCUCAUCUCCCGCGAGAGUGAGCAAUUAGGGUUGGGAGUGCGUUUAUUGGUGAUGCUCAAGGCAUUCAUCAGUGCUUUUGACCUGUGAAAAAUGUCUCAAUACCCAGAAAACAUUCCCGAGGGCGACGACUUGUCCACGGAGUCUGUAGAAGUGUUGCGAGAGCGCCUCAGCACCAUGAAGCAGAUUAUGUCGGAGCGAAAGGCUCACCAGUCGAAGAACCCACGAGAGGACUUCUGGACGCAGCCACAGAGAUGCGGCACCGGAAUCAUCGACGGCACGUUCCUCAGCGUCGCCUUCGGGGGCGCUCUGUGUGUGAUUGUCUCGGUGUCCGUGUACGCCUUCUACAAUCUCUACCACGCGAUCCUCAAGAAAUUCCCAUCCCACCACACGGAGCUCUAG